AUGGCCAAGUCCCGGAUGUCCCCCAGUUUGGUGACCCGACGGGUGGCCCACUUUGUAUGGGAAAACCGACCGACGCACGGGCCACCCCAUACAAAAACCGUCCCCCCUCAGCAACUUUCGGACACCCCACCGUUUGCACGCACCCUUCGCACCCAACGAUGGUCGGUGGUACUACGUGGAAAGGGAAGGCAAAGACAGGCCGCUCCCCCCCCAAACACGGGCUACCCACCCCCUGCGGUGGGCGAUGUGUGCGGAGGGGGUCUGCUGCCUGUGUGCGCCCGCCCCGCCCGCAUUUUCUUCCCUGCUAGACGGGCUGCCUCUCCAUGGCUCAUAGCGCACAGGUCCUCUGGGCCUCGCUCGAGUUCGUGGGGGCAGCCGACCGCCGGCGCCCCUGUUCUGGGGGCAAUGGCGACCGAAGCCCGGGUGCUCCUGCAUUCCGGAGGGGAGCCGCCCUGUGGUAUCCGCCGUUCGUCGGCGUUGUCCGCGGGGCCGGACCCCUCACUCGAGGACCGUAUGCCGCAGCCCGCCAGCGCCCGCAAGGGCGAUCGAGCGGGGUACACCUGCGUGCGGACCGGAUUCCUGGAGGGCUACACAGUGUGGGCAAUUGGAUGGUCGCAGUGUGCCGCCGGUGCGCCGGGGGCGUCGCUGCGAUCGGGCGCUUCGUGCACCCCUUCCAGUUACAUACCAACGAACAUGCCGCCCCUCCGGGGGCUUUGUGGGCUCUUCCCCGGCGGGUAA